UUACUAGAGAAGGCGAGGCCUGAUCUAAGGGAACAGUUAGCCCCUUUUGAGAUCAAGACAUUCAGUGAGAUGUGCAAUAAGCUUCGAAUAGUUUCUCGGAGGAAGAGAGAGGCUAGAUUAGAAGCUGAUAGAGAGAGGAGGAAAGAACCUCAUGGGAAGCCCCCUAUCCACACCCGACCCAUUGGUGGAGUAGAGAAGAGGAGCAGUCAAAUCUUUGGAGGUUUUAGAAAUCAGAAGAAGAAGGGCUACUAUCAUAAGGGCCAGAGCUACAGAGGGAAUCAGAGUGGAAGUCAAGGGUCCUAUAGGAGCCCAGCUACCUUUAAUCCUACUCCUAGUGCUGCUAGUAAUCAAGCAUGCAGUAAGUGUGGGAAGUUUCAUUCUGGUGAUUGUUGGGUUUGUUACAUCUGUCAGAAGCCUGGUCAUAUUGCUAGAUUCUGCUAUCAAAACCAAAAUAGGGGUAAUGAUCAGAGACCUACAGUACCAGCACGAGUGUAUGCCCUCUCUGGGCCAGAGGCUGCUAACAACCCUAAUGCUAUCCGAGGAGAAGAGCCACGAGUGACACGUGGAGGAGUCCCAGAGGCUUAGUGGUAUAGAUCCACUGUCUCUUUUGGGUAUUUAAUUUAUGAUUUAUAAUGUGUUAUAUUGCCAAUAUUAGGACUUUUUUAUGUUUAUUGUCAAUUAUAUGAAUAUAUAAAUGUAAUCAUGCCUUUCAAACUAUUUCUAUUUUUGGUACAAUUUGGAUGACUGUAAUUUUAAUAUUUGGUUUACUUUGGAUUGGUUAAAAUGGCAUGAUUAUAAGGCCAAAUAACUGGCUUGUGUUGAAAAUUGACUAAA